AUGUUGGCAGAGAUGCUGAAGAUUGGUGGACCAGCGCCCGAGCAGACGUUGCUUAAGUUGUACAACGACGUGCUGAAACCGAAUUCGGAGGCACCCGAGCAAUGGCGCCGAACGAACAUCGCGGUGGUGUACAAGGCAGGUGACCCAUCCCAGCCGCAGAAUUACCGCCCAAUUGCAAUUAUUAUUUUCUUAGAUAAGUUAAUCAGCAGAUUAUUUCACAGUCGACUUGCACAUCAACUUGAUCUGCAACAACCUCGUGAUCAAGCAGGAUUCUGGCAUCAUUCUGCCACUGGUGACCAUCUGCUUACGUUGACCAUGGUACAAAAGAAGACUCAAUGA